UGGCUUGUAGGCUUAGACCAUGGCAACUUUUUCUUCUCUUUGGCAGCUGUGGCAAGCCCUGUUUUGUGGCAGAAUGACUGCGUGAAGGGCCCAGAGGUGUGGUGUCAGAGUGUUCGGACAGCAUCGCAGUGCGGAGCUGUGAAACACUGCCAACAGAAUGUCUGGAACAAGCCCACUGUAAACAGUAUCCCCUGUGACUUGUGUAAGGAACUCGUGACAGUGGCUGGCAAGGUUUUGAAGGAUAAUGGCACUGAGGAUGAGAUCCGCUCUUACUUGGAGAAGACAUGUGAGUUUCUACCUGACGAAGGCUUGGUCUCUGAGUGCAAAGAAAUUGUGGAUUCCUACCUGCCAGCUAUCAUGGAUAUGAUCAAAGAAGAGUUGGAUAAACCUGAAGUUGUGUGUAGUGCCCUCUCCCUGUGCCAGUCCCUUCAGAAGCACCUUGCAGCAGUGAAACUUCAGAAACAACUCCAGUCCAAUAAGAUCCCAGAGCUGGAUUUCUCUGAACUGGCAUCCCCAUUCAUGGCUAAUGUGCCUCUUCUCCUCUACCCUCAGGACAAACCCAAGCAGAAGUCUAAGGGAAGUGGGGAUGUAUGCCAAGAUUGCAUUCAACUGGUUACUGAUGUUCAGGAAGCUGUGAGGACAAACUCAUCUUUUGUAAAGUCUUUGGUUGCUCAUGCCAAGGAGGAGUGUGACCGUUUGGGACCUGGAAUGUCUGAUAUGUGCAAGAACUAUAUCUCUGAAUAUUCUGACUUGGCUAUCCAAAUGAUGAUGCACAUGGUAAGAUCAGUAGACCAUGAUACUUGCUCUAAGUUAGUUUUUCUGCUUUGUGUAGCUAACUUAUUUGGAAACUGA